AUGGCCGAAGCCUACGAGCGCGAACAACAAAAUAACGCCCUUCUCAACUCCCUCUCCUCGAAGGUCUCCGCUCUCAAGUCCGUGACGAUCGAUAUCUACGAUAAUGCGAGGGAUCAGGAGACGUUGGACCACUCGAACCAGGUCUUCUCCUCCCUAUCCACGAACCUCAAAGGUAGCGCGAGCAGAUUAACCCGCAUGGCGCGGCAGGGCGAUACGGUAGCUGUUUUGAAGGUCGCGGGGAUUGUGGUCACGGCGGGGGUUUUGGUGUGGAUUAUUCUGGGGUGGAUUUUCUAG